AUGGCAGCCAAUGACAACCGAGGAAAUGCCGAUGGCACUCAGUCCCGUGUCUCCACAGUCCUCGAGUCCACGCCCGCAUCUUUCAUCAAAGUAUUCCAAUCCAUUUCCACCAGCAGCGAACGAGACAUGCAGAUCCAUACAGAGUACAAAGUACUGUGCACGUACUCCAGGGAGACUGUGCACUUGGACCUUCCCACCUCACCUUCCCUGGCACGCACUUGCUGCGGAAGGACUAAGAAGCACCUACCUUGGCAAGACUUGAGAACCUCAAAGGAAUGCAUACCAUACCACAGUGCCUACCUAAGGUGUCCGUACCAAGGUAAGUUUCGAGUUCCAAGACCAACGUCGAGAUAUCUCUUCCAGUACCCAAACUUUGGGCACGCGUCCCUGCGAAAUCAACCAACUACGACCCGACCCAAUACCUUAGACCGCCACUUUCUUGCCUAUCUGCCUACGUUGGCAGUGUACAACGACUUGGGCUCUAUCGACCUCCCGAGACUUCCAGCCAGCCACGGUGUGUAUUCGCAAUAG